AUGGACGAUACGACACAGAAAUACAAAGUAUCGACAGGAAGAGGUGGUAUUGGUAAUUUUCAAAAGAGUGGCACUCGUGUCUCGCCAAAGUUAGUACCGCAAGGUUCGCAGACACCUGCUUUAAUACAGCCUGUGUACAGUACAGGACGCGGUGGUGUGGGUAAUAUGAGGAAAAAUGUGGAUCCCAAGCUGACGAGAAUAGCACAGGAUGUGGAUGCAGAUGAUAUAAUUCUGGUAAAGACAAAUACUAGCCAUGAAAUACGGCGUGAACGGACUAUAGAAGAAGUUACAGAUAAACCUCCCACUGUGGCUAUAGGCAGGGGUGGGGCCGGAAACAUCGUAUCCCCAGAGACUAGUAUUACUGAUAGUAACAAGAAAAAGCCCAAUAAGAGGCAUACCAGCCGGAAGAAACACGAAAAGAAAGGUUUUUGGUCAUCAUUGAGGAAUGUGUUUGCAUAA